GUCACGAAUCAGGUGUUAAAUUUCAGCGACAUAAUAGCGGAGUUACCAAAAUGAACGCUUAGGAGGAUUAAUAAAGAAUCCGAGUUAAAGAAAAACUCAAUAAUAAUUUUAAACAUAUUCACUAAUCACAGUUUGCAAGAUUUCUGAGCAUUAUGACAACUUUCAAGCAGGGACCGAUGUCAGAUUUUCACUUCUCAACUCGUAUCAAGACCUUAGAGAUGUUCCCCAAGGCGCAUCGCCACCUGCUAGAGGGUUAUAUGGUAUCCUCCUUGAACUUCAGGGAGGGAAGAACGUUGCCGGUGUGAUCCCGUCGUGGUAUAAAUAAAUUUGCUCCCUCUUGAGCGAAAACAGCAGGACAAG